GGCACAGUUUGUGAUCAAGGAGCACCUAAUAGGUCCGCUAUAAAUUUAUUGUACUCAGAGACAAAUAGAAUUUUCAAGUCAAGAGAUCAAGAAAAUAGAUUAUUUGGUUUUUUAGUGAAUGAUAAGGAAAUUGUGCCCCUUUAUGACCCUCCACAUUUAUUAAAAUGUAUGCGGAACCUGCUUUUUGACCACGAUAUUGAAUAUGAAAUAAAGGGGAAAAACUAUGACGGCCAAAUGGGAGUAUAUUGCCAACCUUGUUUCCCUUGAUCAAGUAGAAGAAGACACAGAUUAUAGAAUGCUUCAUAAAAUCACAAAUCUACAUAUUCAAAAUCGAAAAAAAAUGAAAGUUGCGUAUGCUGCCCAAAUUUUCAGUAAGCGAGUGGCUUCUCUAUUACGUGGUUUAGCACGUCUGUCACCACACAACAUACCUACUAACGCUACAGAAACUGCAGAGUUGGUUCUUUUUAUGGAUAAAUGCUUUGAUAGCGUAAAUGGGUCAAAGUAUGUGCAAGAGAACCGACUCAGAUGUGCAGUUAGCAAGGAUUCUCCACAUUUCGACUUCUGGCUUGAAGCUUUAAAAGUUUUUGAAUCUAUGAGAUGUUUACGAUCUAAUGGCAGCAAGUACAAACCCCCAACAAUUCAUAAUUGGGUGCACACCCUAAAAGGGUUUCGGUAUUUAUGGAAGAAAUUCCAAAAAGAAGGUGUCACCUAUUUAUCCUGCCGGAAUAUUAAUCAAGAUCCUCUAGAAAACUUUUUUGGAGCUAUUAGAAGCCACGGUAUCCGGAACAUUAAUCCAACCUGCCAAUCUUUUACAUAUUCAUUUAGAACUUUGUUAUUAAAUAAUUUAACCUCUGUACAUUCACCUAGUGCCAAUUGUGAAAAAGACGAUUCAUCAGUGUUAGAUUCCUUUAAAAGUUUGAUUAGUGUUCCACAACAAACAUCAGAUGUGCAUUUCGAAGUACCAGACGUUAAUUUAUCAAGUGAAUUAAGUGACCAGUCCUUACAAAGAACUGCCACUUCAACAUAUGUUGCAGGAAGUGUUGUGAGAAGUAUUAUAAAACAAAUAAACAAUUGUGUGUUAUGUAAAAAACAGCUUGUGGGGUCGUUAAAUGAAUUAUCUUUGAAAGAGAGAUUUAUUAUUCAAGAAUAUCAGAUAGAAAAUAGGCGCCCAUUGACAACUCCUUCAAUAAUGUUUAAUACACUAUUUCAAACUGCCAUUCAUAUACUUACUGAGAUUUUGCCGCAAGUAUGUCACAAGCAAAAUAUAAAAUGCGUUUUAAAGGUAAUCUUAAAACAAAAUUUAAGUUUCACUUGCAUAUGUCAGGAACAUGAUUUGUUCGAUAUAAUUUGUGAGAAAAUAAGCCUUUUUCAUUCUCUUACUUGGGCUAAAAAUAUAAACAAAAUGUUAAAAGGCAGGAGUGAGAAUGUACUCACAAAAGACCCGAUCAAAAUACAAGCCAUGAAUAUUUAUGAAAUCAAUAAAAAAAUUAAAAAAAGGGUGGCAGAUUUAAAACAUUUAGAAAUUUCAACUUGAUGUGUAUGUUGAAGGUGGUGCUUUUGUAAAUAUGUUAACAAUUGAAUAAGCUAAGUUUUACUAAGUUUGUGUGUGUUAAUUACUGUGAUAACAAUCCUAUCUUUAAGGUUCUUAUAUUUAGGUUGUUUAAGCUGGGUUUAUAGUUCCCUUUUCGUAAGAACUUUAAUACAUUUAAGUUUAAGAAUUAAGUACUAUUUAUAGUUUUCAUAAUGGUGAGAGUGUCACGUGUACAUUGCACAGGCUAUCCGCCAUUCUGUUUAUUAUUUAUAAAUUUCAUGUAUAUGCCGCAUCUUUUCUUAACAAUAUUUGAACAAACCAUGGUGAGAAUGUGAGAAUUUUCACUCUAAUGGCAAAUUCCUGCACAUUUUUACCUUAACGUUUGUAAUAGUACUUUAAGCGUAACUAUAAUCAGUGGCCAGAAAUAUCGCGAUAAAUGUGUCACGAUACUUAAUGAU